UUGAUAAGACUCUUUUGCGGCAGCGAUUUUGUUUUCCAUGCAGGUGGACAUGUCUCAGCAUUGGACUGGUGUCCUAGGAUCCAAGACAAGCCUGACACUAAUAUUAGUUGUGAGUAUCUUGCAGUUGCUGCUCACCCACCUUCCUCUACUCAUCACAAGAUAGGUUCUCCUUUAGUUGGAAGAGGUGCCAUCCAGAUUUGGUGUCUCUUAAAUUUGAAUGAGAUAGUCAAACCUUAUUCAACAGUGCCUAAAAGUGGAGCCAGGCCUAAAAAGGAACAAGUUGGGGAUGUAGAGCAAGAUACGAUAAAUACUAUGAAGGUAUUAACCACACCAAGGCCUAGAGGGAGACCAAGGAAAAGACCAAUUCAAAAUCCUUCAAGUGGCGAAGGUGGAUCAAGUCUGCCAAGACCCAGAGGAAGACCUCCAAAGAGACCAAUCCUGGCUUUUGAUGAUUCCAAGGAACCUCCUUUAAAACGACCACGAGGAAGACCUAGAAAGUAUCCAACUUCAAUUAUCGAUGAUGUGAGUUCUAAAGUGGAGUAUUCACUAUGUAAUAAACUUCAAGCUGUUUGUGUGGAGGAUAGCAUACUUCCUUUGAGUGUUGAUUCGAGUGAAGUUGCUUCUGGAUUUCAUGCUUUAGCAGAUAUAAAUUGUGAGAAAUCAACUCAAAAAAGGCCUAAAGGGCGACCUAGAAAGAAAUCACAUUCAGGGAGAAAACACACAUCGGUUAUUCGAUCAACUUCGAAUGAUUGUAGUAUCAAUCAGAUUGAAAAUGUAAACGAGGCUGUCCUCUCUUUGAGAGUUGCUUCAUCAGAUGCUUUAUUAGCGCGGCCUGAUGGGAUUGAUGCGACUUGUAAGGAAGAAUUAACUCAACGAAGGGGUCGAGGGAGACCAAGAAAGAAACCACUUUCAAGUGGAGAUAGUUCCUUAAUAGCUUCUGGUGUUAAAGCAGAGAAAGCUAUGGGUAUGCUGCCCACUUCAAGUGGACACGGGGCUUUAACUGAAAAUAGCUUGUUAGAUCAGUGCCAAACGGGUCAUGCAUCUGCUGCGGAAGUGUUUGAAGGAUCUACUCGCAGGACCUUGUUUAUUAAGCCUGGUGAAAAUCGGAGUACUAAAGAAGAAACAAUGGAAUAUAACUCCAGGACAAUCAACGAAGAUGGAUUCCAAGAUAAAACUUUGUUAGGUGUUUCUGAGAAUGAGUUACCAGUUGAAAUUAUAAGUGUAUCUUCACAAAUUGCUGCUCCGGUUAUCUCUCUAACAAAUGAUGACAAACUGAUCGCAUGUACUCAGAAACCUAGAAUAAAGGAGAAGGAAAUAGAAGCUUCCUGCAAGAAUAGCGGAUAUCCAGCUUCAUCGGCCAAUGAUGCAGACAAUAAAUUCUCUAUGGAAGUUGUGCCAACACCUGACAAUGAUUGUAAACUCCUGAGCAACGAAGUAUCUCAGGAUCUUCCGAAUCAGAUUAACAUGAGUUCUUCAAUCCCAAAGGACAUUGCUUCGCCAAGGAUUGUCCUCUGUCUAGGACAUAACGGAAGAGUUGCCUGGGAUGUGAAAUGGAGACCUUGCCAAGGCAAUAGUUUAGCAGGCAAAACUCAUAUGGGAUAUCUUGCUGUAUUAUUGGGGAAUGGCAUUCUCGAAGUGUGGGAAGUUCCUCUUCCUGGUAUGGUCCAAUAUUUAUAUUCUUAUGCUCAAAGUGAGGGUACUGACCCUCGUUUUGUGAAGUUGGAACCUAUAUUCAGAAGCUCAACGGUGAAAUGUGGAGAUAGACAGAGCAUUCCUUUGGCUGUUGAGUGGUCAUCUUCUUUGCCCCAUGAUCUGUUGUUAGCUGGGUGUCACGAUGGAGUGGUUGCAUUAUGGAAGUUUUCUUCACAUUCCUCAUCCCAAGAGUCAAAGCCCUUGGUUUGCUUUACCGCUGACUCUGUUCCCAUUAGAGCUCUCUCUUGGGUGCCAUAUGGAAGUGAUGGGGAGAAUCCUAAUCUGUUUGUGACUGCUGGACACGAAGGUGUAAAAUUUUGGGAUGUGCGAGAUCCAUUCCGGCCAUUAUGGGACCUUAAUCCUGCUCAAAGAGCUGUUUUGAGUCUUGAUUGGAUAAAGGAUCUGAGAUGUCUUGUCAUAUCAUUUGAUGAUGGCACUAUGAGGAUCCUAAGCUUACCAAAAGCUGCAAAUGAUAUUCCUGUCACUGGAAGCCCAUUUGCUGGAACGAAGUGUCAGGGUUUACAUGGUUUUACAUGUUCAGCAUUUGCAAUUUGGAGCGUCCAAGUAUCACAAACUACAGGUGUUGUUGCUUAUUGUAGUGCAGAUGGUUCAGUAGUCCGCUUUCAGCUUAGAGCAAAUUAUGUUAAAGAUCCGAACCGGAACCGUGUACCGUACUUCCUUUGUGGUUCACUUACAGAAGAGGGACAUGUUCUUAACACCAAUAGUUCGUUGCCAAAUAUUCCGUUAAGAAAUGUUCCUGUUAGUUUGAAGAAAGUACCCGGUCAUGGCUAUUUAUUUGAUGCAGGCCGGCCUAAAGAAGCAAACUCUACAGAUCUAGGAGAUAAUCGAGCUAUGGUUAAGAAAUUGAAUAAUUCGCAGGCUCCUCCAGUAGAAAGUUCAAACUCAAAAUUAAGAAAAAGGGGGAAAAAUGAGAGUGAGUUUAUUAAUGAUGGCAAAAAGAACUAA